AUGCAGCGUACGGUCACCGUAAGUGUGAUCGGCGUCAGCGGUAGAGAGGCAGUGAAAGGUUCGAAAGGGGUUGGGAAGUCGUUGAUCUGCAAUCGAUUUGUUCGUGGUGAUUUCGACGAUUUCUUUCCGGAACACUGCUCGGUGUUAUCACAGACUGAUUUCGGUGGUUCGCCUGUGAUCAACAACGAUCAUUGGUUGUACUGGGGUGAACGACAAAUUAGCCUUGACGAUGCUAGCGCCCCAGUUACCAUACGGGUUAUCGAACAAACAGAAUUUCUGGAUGACGAAACGUAUGAGCCGAUCGCUGGACCAUCCACAUCGGAACCGUACGUGAAACGAUGCUGCCAGAUUCGGCUCGAGAGUCGAGACAAGCUAAUGUACAUACAAAAAGAACAGCUUGGUCUUGAAGCCGAAUUUGAUCAACAUAUCCUGCCCGAUGGGAAAUGUACAGUAGAUGCUUUUAUAUUCGUUUUUGAUUCAAGCAGAACUGAAGGACGGACGUUCGAAAGCCAGUGCUCCAUUGCGACGUCGAUCCUGACAAACGUGAUCAAGACGAAAAAACCGGUGGUGAUCGCGUUUAGUCAGGCGGAUAAUGCCGACGAAGAAGCUCGGAAGGCGCUCCACUCUCUUCUCAGCAAAAAGGACAUCAAAAGCACACAUAUUGCUGUGGUUGAAGUAUCCGCUUUGAUGAAUGUGAAUGUGGACGAGUUGUUCGUAUCUGCUGCAUGUCUGGCAUCCAGAAGCAAGUUACGUUUGAAAAUUUUGCCUUUCUCUGACGCUGUGAAGACGGUUACUGAACGAAAUCGAGAAGUGAGAAUAGCAUUCACUCGUCUGCUCCAAGCACUACUUCCGGUGGAAAGCUGGCCAUCCGUACGCUUGUCGUGGUCUAGACUUGUCACUGAGCGAUGUCUAGAACGGCAGCCAGAUUACUGCAACUUUGUUCGGAUUUAUGGUGAAGCGACGGCAAGAAAGGUCUACGACACUCAUGUGAACGAGGCACGAGAGCAUUGGAUGGCUGCUAGGCUUCGCGCCCUGCUACCGAACCUUCCUCGAGUCUUUGCUACCUUGCUUGAUAAAUCCGAUGUCGCACAGUUGAGUUGGUCAAACGCGAAUCAUCUGAUCCAUUCACAUCCACUUUUCGACGAAUUCUUUCAACCUUUGGGUCAGCUUGGAAAACAACUAGAUCCCCUUCCUUCUGAUCAAGAGAAGCGCAUAACGCAGUCGACAUCCGUGGACCAUCGGAUACCGGCCGAGAUUUUGCUUCGGAACGAGGCUCGACAGGCGUUCGAAGCUUAUAAGAGUGCUGUCGAAACAGAACAACGUAAGGAACGCCUGGAAGAAGAGUUCGAGUUCCUGCUUUCUGACACGCCGCAAGUUACUCCAGGAAAGCCUCUACAAGACGUUAGCAUCUUUCUACAAGGUUUUUCGGCUUACGAAUCACUGCCUCCAAGCCAAGCCGCUAUGGUCUACGAUCGAUUUCAACACGACCUAUUAAAGCGGGCUGAAGUUGAAUUUCGCGAAUGUUUGCUGGAAAACAUUGAAUUGUUCGUUGAUGUUGUACGAAGAAGUCGAAGCGAAUUCAAAAAUGAUCACUUGCUGAUAUCUGAAAGGGAGAUGUUGCGAAUAAAGGAUUUCCUGCAAGAUGACUUUAGAUAUCGGCAGCUGUCUCGGUUGUUCGAGCUACGCGAUUCGAUCAUUCGUCGCUUCAUCACUUUCCUUGCUCGUCCGGCUGUCAACGAUUGUCCGGCGUUCUCAGCAUGCGCUCAAUCAGCCAUCCAUGAAGCGAUUUCCAUGUUCUUUCAGAGAAAGAAACAAUGCGAUUUCUCGGCGAGCCACCUUAUUGACAUUUCUGUGCAUGGCGAAAUGGCCAUGGUGGCACAAUUCAUUACGGAUAUCAAUGUCCUGCUGCAUAACGAACCGUUCUUGACCGCUAGCGGUCCUGCAACCAUUCGUUGUUACGGUGCUGAAGAAGUUACAGAUGGAGAGAACACUGGCAGAACGCAGCUCUUCCUAUUAGAUUCGGCAGCCUCUUUGGACUAUGCAAGAGAAUAUUCAAGUAAGUUCUCCAUUAACUCAAGCACUGGGACGUUGGGAAGUUCCUCAGAUCCAUUACCGCCGGUUUACGUGCUUGUCUGUGAUCCUGCACACUACGAUCUGCUACCGUUCCUUCAUCAACAGGGAUUGUCGCUAGCUGAGAGCACCUGCGGUAUUUUCAUAGGAGCUGGCUCUGCGGACUCCGAUGGUAGCUGGAGCCGAGCGAGUGACUGCAGCAGUAUAUUUGGACGUGACCAACUUUUGCGGAUAUGUGAUACGGUAUGUGCAUCACAGCUGGACCGAAGAGGUGGCCUUAAGAUACAGCUAUCAUUGCUGUGUGGAGAUCCAUUCCCUCUGGACACGUUACUUAUAUCGGUUCUUGGAGUGGACAGUGAAAUCCUAAGAGCCAUAAGGGAUCCCAGUCAAACAGGAAUUGGUGUAGUACCAAUCGACGUUCACUGGAAUGAACAACGAUUCGCUGUGGAUUUACACUUGGGCGCCUAUCAUUCAUGGCUGACGGCUAAGGCGGUAAAUUCCACGCAUGGUCACAUCGUAGUCUAUUCUGCAAGAAGAGCCGCAUCAUUUGCUCAUGCCAGAGCAGCUGUUUCACGCGUUUUGGACGACGGAUGUCGAACCUUAACGGGAAAAGCCAUACUGCUUGUUGCAGUCGCUGAUAUGCAGGAUUAUUUCAGUGAUGAGGAGACAAACCUAUUGCUCACUGAAGGAAGCGAACUGGCGACGAGUAUCGGCGCAUCAUUCAUCACAAUUCCACCGGACGCAAGUAGCGCGCAAACCGCCGAACUAGCACGGUUCUUCGAGCGUGUUCGUGCGAUGGUACCGAAGACGUCCACCUUGGAGCGAGCACUGAAAAAAGAGAGUGACCCCUAUUCAACACUCAGCGACUACCCGCAUCAUCAUCAUCGAGUCGGUCAUCGUAAGGAUUCCAGCAAUUACAGUAUGUACGGAACGUAUAGAACAAGCCACUCGGCGGGGACGCUACUUUCGGAUUCGUCCGCUAGUGAAGAGUCGACGCCUUCUAUAGAUCCACUAGAGAGGGUCACCUCGGCUGCGUCAGCACCAAUAUUGAGAAACUCCAACUCGGCGAUGAGUAUCAGCUACAGCUCAGCAGCAGCGGCAGUCCGCCCACGCAGACGUGUCGCUCCAAUGAUCUCCCCCUUAAAGCUACCGAUCACUCACGGUAUGCCAUUACCGGCACCAUUGGCGACACCAGAAAUGGUCGACAUCGCUCCGGAAUAUUCAGUGGUGCAGGAUGCGCUAGUGGAUGACGAACACAUAUACGCUACGUUGGAUUUCUCAUCGAAACCAGUUCAGAAGAUCCCAGACAAAGGAGAAAAGAAACCGAACGCGAAAAAGGAAAAGAAGCGACCAUUACGUUCAAGAAUGUUCUCGAAUCACUCCAGCACCGAACCCUCCUCCUCACCGUCGACAGCAGCAAGUCAACCAUCAUCAGCCGGUUCACCAGUAUCAAGCCAUCAUGAAGACAUCGAUCACAAAUGUCCUUCACAACCACCAAUCCCACAAUCACGACCUGAACGUCGUUGGCUGCCGAAAUCCCCAAUGUCUUCGCGACGUCCGGCAAAAACCGCGCCCAUUAAGCCGCGAAUAGCGCCAAAACCGAAGAACGUUACUCCUCCAAAAAUGAGCACCUCAAUGCCGGCACGAUCGAUAACUAUGGAUGUGAUCAAUCGAGAUUCGGUGGUACGAGCGAGGCAGAUCUAUGCUCAGGGAAUUCAGAAGCAGCCUACGUUGCGACAGUCGCUGAGUGUGGAAUCAUUUGCCGACUUAAUGGAAGAAAAAAAGAAGAAAUUUCAAUUCGUUAGAAAAGUGGCAACGUCAUUUCGAUUCAAGAAGCCUGCCGAGAAAGAACCGGCUGAGGUGAAAAUAAUUACGCCACCCUCAGCACCACGUGUUGGAGCAAGAUCGCUUCCCCAAAGCCCUCAAGUUGAGAGGAAACUAAAGAAGACGACUUGUCUCGCGUCUUCCGAGAAGGCUUCGAACGCAUUUUCUUGGUUGCCAUCGAGAUCGCCAAAAAGAGGACAUAAAUCCAGUACUGAGAGCGUUCAAGGUGUAAUCGGUGCAAACGACACACUUCAAUCGUUAGCUGAGAAAAACGGUGGUAUACCGUUGUUCUUGCAGCGUUGCAUUGAUUAUAUAGAAAAGGAAGGUGGUCUCGAAAUGGAAGGUCUUUACCGUGUUCCUGGCAAUCAAGCACAACUUAAUGAACUUGAAAAGGUUUUUCGGGAGAAGGGUGAUGUAGACAUUGCAAGCCUUGAUAUGCCUGUACACGUCGUCGCAACCGCGGUGAAAACCUUCUUCAGUUGCUUAGCUGAGCCGUUAAUCCCCACAGAACUCCAUAACAAUAUCCUCGACAGCACGGGAGAAGUUGAGGAUAUUGAGCGACUUCAUGCGGUGAUGACCAGGUUAACCCCAGCGAAUCGAGAAGUUCUAUUGUUCUUUACUUCGCAUUUGCAGAAGGUCGCUUCUUCCCCAAGCACCGCCAUGGACUUUCACAAUCUGUCGAAAGUGUUGUUUCCCACGUUAUUUAGGCCUCAGUUCAACGACUUUGUCGAGAUGUCAUCAGGAACAGCGAAAUUCCAACGAGCUACGGAAGUAAUUCUACAGAACGCUCAACAGAUCUUACAAGCGCAACAAGCACAAUCGAUGCGGGUCUAA